AUGGGGCAGGAAAGUAAUAAACUGAACGCGAAAAAAACCCAGGGAUUAAACGUCACUGGUAAUGGAACCACUAGCGGGGCUAGCGGACCUGGUAAUGGAACCACUAGCGGGACUAGCGGACCUGGUAAUGGAACCACUAGCGGGACUAGCGGACCUGGUAAUGGAACAACUAGCGGGACUAGCGGACCUGGUAAUGGAACCACUAUCGGGAAUAGCGGACCUGGUAAUGGAACCACUAGCGGGACUAGCAGACCUGGUAAUGGAACCACUAGCGGGACUAGCGGACCUGGUAAUAGAGCCACUAGCGGGACUUGCGGACCUGUGCUGGUAAUGGAACCACUAGCGGGACUAGCGGACCUGGUAAUGGAACCACUAGCGGGACUAGCGGACCUGGUAAUAGAGCCACUAGCGGGACUAGCGGACCUGUGCUGGUAA